AUGGCCAUUCCACAGAUACAGGGCGCUAAAAGGGCGGGGGCCCCGCUGAUAGAUGGAGACCAGCACGCACCAGAUACUACCAGUGCACCAGAGCAAGCAGUCAAACGAGCCAAAAAGCACCCGUUCGACACCCUCGCGCUCGGAAAGAUGGGAUACGACUUUAAAAUACCAGCGAUCAUUGCCAGAAUCCGUACUAAUUCGGCUCAGCCCUUCGACGUGGGCAUGGGGUUAGGGGUGAUGCUGUACCACAUCGUUCCGUUGAUAUCAACGCACUUGGAAAAUCCUAUGGAGUUCCACAACAAGGCGCCAACAGCCUUGCAAUGGGCAACUGAGUUCGUCGAAGCGGUUGAUCAGUAUAUCGCAUACUUGCGUCUUACGGAUGGUUGCUCAGAGAAAUUUCCUAAUGAUGCAACCGUCGAUCGCAAGAGUCGACGGCCACGGCGCAAAUACAUGGGGCGGUAUACCCACCUCGUCGAGAAUGCUUAUAAGAACCAUGUCCGCGAACAGCUCUGCGACAUGUUCCAAUCGUGGAGCAAGGUGCAAACGCAGCUCUUCAACAAGGGUAUGGAUAAAGCUCUCUCGGGAAUACAGUGGGUCGUCUACCCGCAAGAAAAUGUGGUUCUGGCUGCUGGCGACGACGAGUGGACGAUUUGGCUUCGCGGAAGGUGCGAAGAGCUAGGCAUGAUUGAAGCAAGGGCGGAGAGGAAGGUGUUUGAGGAUAUUUAG